AUGACAUCAGCGGAUGUGGAACAAUCUUCUGAUAGUUUCGAACGAAAUCAGAACCACACUGCACAACCAUCUGUUACACCAAAAAAUACGACUGUCAUGCAGGAUAUUUGUUCCGGUGGUGGUAAUCAUGCUAUCGAUAACAAUACAAUAUAUACACAACAACAGAUUACAGCGAUGAUAUCGGAUGCUAACUGUAUGUACAAUCAACAGCAACAGCUUGCUGCAACAGAACGAUCGGAGACUAUGAGUGCAUAUCAUCAAGACUUAACAACGGAACUGAUGCCAGCGACCACCGUUGCUAAUGAUCAUUCCGAUGAACAGCAUUACUAUACGGUAGCGAUGGCGGGGUCGCGUAACCAGCAACAUUUUAUACAUAAUGAUUACACGCCAUCCGGUCUUUCUCAGCAACAACAAAUGCUGAUGAAUGCACGAAAUGCAACAAUAGCUGAAAAGUUGCCUAGAUUACAGGAACGGACCUGUCAAUUUAUCAGUGUUACUGGAACUGAUCAUAAUGGUAGGACAGAAUCAUAUGUGGUAGUGAAUCAACAGUCUGCUGGUACUCGUGAUUAUCUGGAUAGUAGUUUUAGCAGUGGUGGGGGCAGCAUCGACAGUAUGGUACCAUGUUCGAAGGUUACAAAUUCAUUGGUAGCAAAUGCAAAACAGCAUGAGCCACAGCGUGUAACCUGUGUGUUCAAUAAUGGUAGUACUAAUGGAAUGAACAGAGAUAUUGAUGCGAAUGGAACAAAAUUGCAGCGGUUAUAUACCAGCUCACGAAAUGUCACCUUACAAGGUCUGCAACUUGCCAGAUUUAUCCAUUCUCUUAGUUAA